AUGAGGCUUAAUAAACACGUUGAGCCUACUCAUUAUAACAACUCGCUCGUGAAAUCACAUAAUUCGGUGCACAAAUGUGAGAUACUUUUAAGCCCUUUUUUGUUUUUCCUUAUUCUUCUCUCGGCUUCUCUCUCUGCCCUUCCGCUCCUGUCUUGGUCGUCAGUUGCUGAUCUUCCCGGUUUAGUUGAGGGAGCAGCCGAAAAUAACCGAGGCCUAGGAGCUGAGUUCCUCAGUCUCGUUGAGGGCUGUCCCAUCCUUGCUUACGUAAUUGACAUUGGCAGCCAGGCUGCCUAUUUGGAGGCUGAGUUCAUGGCUCUUCUCCCUACAGAUAAAGCUCCUUUCUCACCUAGGUAA